CGCGCGACGCGGCAACGCCGCGACGACGGCCCGCGCCCCCCUCCGCGAGAGCAGCGCGCCGCUGCCCGGCUGGCCCCGCGGGGCCCCCGUGCGCCCAUGGCCGCAGCUGGCGGGGCGUCGCCCGGGCCAGGCACACGCGGCCGGCGCUCGGCACAAGUCGCGGAGAGCCUCGCGGCCGCGGCGGGGGGCCGCGAAGAGCCUCGACGUCGAGCCCGGGCUGCACGGCAGCGCGCUGCACCGGCGCCGCCGCGGUGUGCUGCGCCGGCGAGGCCGAGGCGUUUGCGCACAAGGACCCCAGAGGUGCUGCCGGCGGCCGCGGAGGUCGGGGCGGCAGGGGGUGCCCGGAGAGGCCGCGCCCGAGGAGGCGCGCGGUGGCUCGGGCAGGAGGCACGCCAGGUGCGCGAGCGGGCCCUUGGGCGGCGCACGCGAGGCCUUGUCCGGCUGCGCGUCGCGGGAAAAGUCGCGGCGGAAGGCUUCCCAGACGUGCCCGCGUCGUGA